GAAUCUUCCAAGAUUACAGCAAAAAAAAAACAAUUCAAGGAAAGAAAGAAACAUUACUUCAUAAAAAAAAAGAUUUUACUAUGAGUUGCAAUGGUUGUCGAGUGCUUCGAAAAGGUUGCAGCGAGAAUUGCAUCCUCCGUCCAUGUAUUCAAUGGAUCGAGUCACCCGAAGCUCAAGGCCACGCCACAGUCUUCGUCGCUAAGUUCUUCGGCCGCGCUGGUCUCAUGUCUUUCAUCUCCGCCGUACCUGAAUCUCAAUGCCCUGCUUUGUUCCAGUCUUUGCUCUACGAAGCUUGUGGAAGAACUGUGAAUCCGGUGAACGGAGCCGUCGGGUUGUUAUGGACUGGGAAUUGGAAUAUUUGUCAAGCCGCGGUUGAGACGGUGCUUCGUGGCGGUUCUUUGAAACCGAUACCGGAGCUUCUCAACGGCGGCGGUGGAUUCGCCGGGUUCCCGUCUCCUACUUCUGACGAAGCUUCUGAGAUCUGCACUGAAAUGUUGAAUCUACGGAACGAAGAUUCCGGUGACCGGAAUAUAUACCAUCACUGUCGAUUCUCGAGCUCUAGAUCCAGAUCGACGGCUUCUCCGCCGAAACGGAAACGAUUAACGUCGGAACAACCUUCGUCGGAGCUCGAUCUCUCUCUAAUCCCUACUUUCUCGAUUAAAACGGCGCCGUUCAAGGAGGAUACACCGUCGAUGUACUCUGAGGAGUCUGUUACUACAGUGUCGUUCCGAGACAACACCGCCGGUGAUCGGUACGUACGCGGCGGAGGAGAAACGGCGAAGUUGCUCAACCUCUUCGCUUAAACGGCGAAGUUGCUCAACCUCUUCGCUUAAACGGCGUCGUUACUUUUUUGAAAUAUUGGGGUUAAAAAUGUAAUUUCGAGUAACUUCUUUUUUCCUUGUGCCCUUUUUUGGAUUAAUAUUUUGGGAAAUGUGGCAAAUUACGUGAUUUUGUUUUCUCA